AUGAGCUCACUUAAGAGAAAAGAUGCCCCUGGGGCGGCAUCAAUUGCAAAAACUACGAAAGCGCAUAGCGACUCGAGGCCGUCGAAACGAUCCAAGCCCGACAAGACAGUUGAUAAUAAAAAUGAUGCGAAGUCGAGCUCAAGUUCGAAACCCGCCAGCACUUCUACAGUCUCGCGCUUAAAAGAAGACGAACCUCUUUUCCCCCGUGGGGGUGGUAGCGUCCUCACUCCCCUUGAGCACAAGCAAAUCUCCAUACAGGCGAAGCAAGAUGUUCUAUUCGAGCAAGCGUCCGGGCAGAACACGGGCAAGUCAGACCGCGUUUCCAAGAAAAGGAAGGUCAAGACCUCGAAGAAUGGAAAAUCCGGAAAUUCUGACCAAGAUGAAGAGAGUACAAAAGUCGAAAGUCUCAACUACAAGCGACUGGUGAAAGGCUCCCUAGUUCUCGGCCAGGUAGCUGAAAUAACCCCUUUAGAACUUGUUCUAGCUCUCCCGAACAAUCUCUCUGGCCAUGUACCAAUUACUGCUAUCUCCGACAUCUUGAAUGAGAAGAUAGCUGCGGAGGCGGCUAAGGAAGAAGAGGAGGACGAGACUGAAGAGGAUGGUCUUGACCUGCAGGCUAUCUUCAAGAUUGGCCAGUAUCUUCGAGCUUAUGUUACGUCAACCAUCGAGGAGACGACAGCAGCUUCCGCUAAACCUAGGAGGCGCAUUGAACUCUCAUUACAACCAGCUCUCGCAAACACGGGCUUAUCCGGUCAGGAUGUCAUUACCAAUUCUACCGUCAUGGCAACGGUCAUUAGCGCCGAGGACCACGGUUUCGUCAUGGAACUUGGGAUCGCUGAUUCAGAUCUACGGGGAUUCUUGCCUCGGAAAGAAUUGUCAGAAGAGAUAACAGAUUCUCAACUGCAGCCUGGGGGUGCUGUCCUAUGUCUCGUGACGGGGAAAAGUCCCAACGGUAAAGUUGCUCAGUUAACUACUCUUCCAAGCAAGAUUGGGAAAGUUCAAAACUAUGCGUCAGAAGCGACUACCAUCAACACAUUCUUACCAGGAUCCGCGGUAGAAUUCAUGGUUACCGAUAUCGCUAAACGUGGAAUACUAGGAAAAGUCAUGGGCUCCUUAGAUGUUACGGCCGAUCUGGUUCAUUCCGGCCUAGGGCCCAAGGCCCUGGAUUUGGAAUCUAAGUAUAAAAUAGGGAAGAAGUAUAAGGCACGAAUAAUAUGCAACUUCCCAGCUGCCAAAGAUCCCAAAUUAGGCGUCUCGUUGUUAGACCACGUGGUAUCCUUGAAAUCCAAUACGACUUCUUCGGGUGAGCUACCAUUGAAAGCUCUCCCUAUAUCGACAACGGUAGAACAAUGCAAAGUCACCAAGGUCGACCCAGAAGUCGGUCUGUUUGUCGAUGUGGGUAUCGAAGGGACGCCUGGGUUUGUACACAUAUCCAGGGUCAAGGAUGGCAAGAUCGACAUGCUGUCCGAAUCCUCUGGUCCUUAUAAAACGGGCUCCGUACACCGUGGCCGAGUAGUGGGCUAUAAUGCUAUUGAUGGCAUGUUCCAUGUAUCGUUCGAGAAAACUGUCCUCGAGCAGCCGUUCCUGCGCAUCGAAGAUAUACCCAUUGGGGAGGUCGUCAACGGGGAGAUUGAGAAGCUGAUGGUAAACCAAGAUGGUGUCAGUGGUCUGCUUGUUAAGCUUGCAGAGGGUAUCGUUGGCUUCGUCCCGGAAAUGCAUUUGGCAGAUAUUCGACUACAGCAUCCUGAGAAGAAAUUCCGAGAAGGACUCAAAGUUAAAGCUCGGGUACUUUCAGUCGAUCCAGUUAAGCGGCAGGUGAAGCUUACAUUGAAGAAAACGCUCGUGAACUCCGAAGCAGUCCCCCUAAAGUCGUUCGACGAAGUCACCGUGGGUAUGCAAGUUCCAGGUACUAUUGUCAAGGUGUUUGCCAACGGUGCGAUCGUACAAUUUUAUGGUACGCUCAAAGGGUUUUUGCCAGUUUCGGAAAUGAGCGAGGCGUAUAUUCAAGAUCCAAAAGAACAUUUCAGAGUCGGCCAGGUCGUCAGUGUCCAUGUUUUAAGUUUUGAUGUCGAGGCACGAAAACUCUUUGUUUCCUGCAAAGACCCUUCGGCCUUCGGCCUCGAUAAGCAAAAUGCUCUCAAGAAACUUCAGCUCGGAGAUGUCGUCUCUGCUAAAGUCGUGCAAAAAACUGAAGACGAUGUAUUUGUUGAAUUAACGGACAGCUCUCUUAAGGCCAUGUUAUCCGUAUGGCAUCUGGCUGACCGACCCAACAAAUGCCAAUCUGCCUCGAAGCAUAUUCGCGUUGGACAGACUCUUAACGAUCUUGUAGUACUAGAGAAAAAUGAAGGUCGCCGAUACAUAGCGUUGUCGAAGAAGCCUAGCUUCAUAAAGGCCAAAAAAGAUGGAAAGCUUCUCACGUCUUUGGAGGGAGCUAAAGUUGGUGACCUUCGGCAAGGUUUCGUGAGAAAUAUUACUCCCACAGCAGCUUUCGUCCAAUUUUGUGGCCAACUCACUGCCUUGCUACCUAAGUCAAAAUUACCCUUGGAAGAUCAACAGAAAGCAGACUUUGGGCUAGAAAGAUACCAGCCAAUACUUGUCAAGCUUGAUUCCAUCGAUAAAGAUCGUGGCAGGAUCGUUGCUGCAUCUCCCCUACUUGAGGACGACAAGAAAUCAAAGAGCGAAACUUCCGCUGCAUCGAUCAGAAUCGAAAACCCAGUAGACGAGACUAUUUCUUCGACGGAUGACAUUUUCGUUGGCAAGAUUGUCAAGGCCAAAAUCACAUCGGUCAAGAAUACACAGCUCAAUGUCAAACUCUCCGACAAUAUACAAGGCCGCGUAGAUGUGUCUCAAGUAUUUGAUUCUUGGGAUAAGAUUUCCAAACCGAAGUCUCCAUUAAGUACAUUCCGAACGAAUAGCAUAAUUACAGUUCGAGUUUUGGGUGUUCACGAUGCGAGAAACCACCGCUUCUUACCGAUAUCGCACCGAUCAACUCAUUCGGUCCUUGAGCUGUCCGCAAAACCGAGUGACCUAAAGAAAGAGGGCUCACAGGUUUUAUCGUACGACAAAUUAGAACCCGGUUCUACCCAUGUGGGCUUCGUCAAUAACGUUGACAACAAUUCCCUUUGGGUAACCCUUUCACCCAAUGUACGAGGCAGGAUCAACACUCUGGAAAUAUCAGAUGAUGUUUCCCAACUCGAGAAUCUAGCUUCAAGCUUCCCAAUCGGGUCCGCACUAAAAGUCCGUGUUCUCUCGGUUAAUGCAUCCGAAGGCCGUCUCGAUCUUUCAGCGCGCUCCACGGGCUCUUCGACGAAUCUCACUUGGGAGACGGUUAAACAAAACAUGGUUCUUCCCGGUAGAAUCACAAAGAUUAACGAACGGCAGAUUAUGGUGCAACUUAGCGAGGUCGUCUCUGGUCCCGUGCAUUUAAUAGAUGUUGGCGAUGACUAUAGCGAAGCCAACACGCUUUCUCACAGCAAGAAUGAUAUCACCAGAGUUUCGGUCGUCGAGGUCGACAAGAGUAAUAAGAAAAUUAGGCUCUCUACUCGUCCUUCAAGAGUGCUGAACUCUUCUCUGCCUGUGAAGGACCGCGAAAUCACCAAGGUAUCUCAGGUCAACGUCGGCGAUAUUCUUAGAGGAUUUGUGAAGAAUGUAUCCGACAAAGGCUUAUUCGUGAGUCUCGGCGGAAAUGUGACAGCAAUGGUCAGGAUAUCAGACCUUUCCGACAGAUACCUCAAGGAAUGGAAGGACGAAUAUCAAAUCGACCAACUUGUCAAAGGCCGAAUAAUCUCUGUAGACUCUGACACGGGUCAUGUGCAGAUGAGUCUCAAGGCUUCGGUGGUUGACAAGGAUUUUAUCCCGCCCAUCAAUUAUUCGGACCUACGUGAAGGCCAAAUCGUAACCGGUAAAGUAAGGAAGGUAGAAGAAUUUGGUGCGUUCAUCGUUAUCGAAGGCUCUGCGAAUGUCAGUGGUUUAUGUCACCGCAGCGAGAUGGCUGAAAAGUCUGUCCAAGAUGCGCGAAAGCUCUUCGCUGAGGGUGAUGUGGUUAAGGCGAUCAUCUUAAAGCUCGAUAAGCAGAAGAAGCGAAUCAGCUUUGGCUUAAAGCCGUCCUACUUUGAGGGCGUGGAUGAUAUGGACGUCGACGACAGUGACGAGGAUGACGACGCCGGUGCUGCAUUAUUGAGGGAUUCUGACGAGGAAGACGACGAUGACGAGGAAGACGAUGAGAUGGAAGAUGCUGGCACCUCUGUAGUCAUAAGAGGAACCGAUAAUGAUUCAGAAGAAGAUACCGAUGAUGAGGAUACCCAGAUGACAGAUAAGGCGGCCGACGAUAUUGCUCCUCUCGAUGCUGGCGGCUUCGACUGGUCUGCCAAUGCGCUCGACGAGAUUCCUGAUGCGGAUGACGAUGCAGAUGAAGACGCGAGCGCAGCACAAAAAAAGAAGAAACGAAGAAAGCCCCAAAUUGAAGUAGACAAGAGCGGUGAUCUAGAUGCGUUCGGUCCUAGGACGGCCGUCGACUAUGAGCGGCUUCUCAACCGCCAGCCCAAUUCAUCCGCACUAUGGAUUGAGUAUAUGGCUCACCAGAUGCAAGUCAGCGAGCUCGCAAAAGCCCGUGAGGUCGCCGAGCGUGCAAUUACGGCCAUCAGCAGCACCGAGGAGACAGAAAAGCUCAAUGCUUGGAUUGCCUAUCUCAAUCUCGAAGUCCGAUUUGGCAGCGAAGAUACCGUAGACGAAGUAUUUAAGCGUGCUUGCCAAGUCAACGAUCAGCAAGAGGUUUACCAACGCCUGGCCAGCAUUUAUAUCCAGGAAGAUAAGGCUGGGAAAGCGGACGAGCUUUUCCAAACUCUUGUCAAGAAGUUCGGCGCAGAAUCGCCAGAGGUCUGGUAUAAUUACGCACACUGGCUGCACGCCGUCCAGAACCAACCCGAGCGUGCGCGAGCGCUUCUACCUCGGGCCACGCAGGCGCUGCCGAAUCACGCGCGCUUCCCCCUGAUGACCAAGUUCGCGGCGCUCGAGUUCAACUCGCCUCAUCGGAACCCGGAGUUAGGGCGCACCAUGUUUGAAGGUCUACUAGCUACCUUCCCUAAGCGUUUCGACCUUUGGAAUCAGCUACUCGAUCAUGAGGAUGUGCCCGGUGCCGACAAGACCGCUAUCCGCGACAUUUUCGAGCGUGCUAUCCGUGUUAAGGGGCUGAAGGCUAGGGCGGCGAAGAAGUGGUUCAAGAGAUGGGCAGACUGGGAGGAGAAGAACGGCGAUGCGAAGAGCAGAGAGAGGGUUAGUGCUAAGGCCGCGGAAUGGGUAAGGGCCAGGGCCGAGGCCAAGGCGGCGAAGGAUGAGGAGGAGGAGGACGAUGAAUGA